CCAUGAGGCCGCCCAAACCCUGGCCAGCCCCUGUUGUCGAGGCACGACUGACCUUCCUGCCCCGAGAGCUUGUCCUCUGGCUCGAGCUCUGCAGGUUUUCCAAGACUAGAGGGCAGUGCAUGAAGCCAGGGGUUAUCCACCAUGCUCCAGACAGUGUGGUCCCAGGAGGCAGUGACCUUUGAGGAUGUGGCUGUGUACUUCACCCAGAAUCAGUGGGACAGUCUGGAGCCUGCGCAGAAGGCUCUGUACCAGGAGGUGAUGUUGGAAAAUUAUGCAAACAUAACUUCUUUGGAAGCAUUACCAUUCCCUAAACCAGAUCUGAUAUUCCAGCUGGAGCGAGGGGAAGCCCCAUGGGUCUCAGAUUCAUGGAGACCUGUUGGGGAAGAGGCCCUUGGAGGCAGGUGCACAGGUGGUAAGACCAAGUCUGAGGAGGAGGAGCCAACUCCAAGGCUGAACAUGACUACAGAGUCAGAGUCCCACGGACCCACAGAGGAGGGGUUACCGAUGGAGGUUCCCCAAAGCAGGUUAGAGAAGCCACAGCCAUGUGACAUAGGGAAGAAAACAAACUCAGAGAAAGGAGAUCCCAUAGAUUUGACAGUUCAGGAUCAUAAGUCUUCCACUGUCAAAAGGAAGGAGACAGCCAGGAAACUGCAAGGAAGCAAGAGUGUUAUUUCAAAGCAGGGCCCUCCUAGGAAACAGGUGUUUCAAAAGUGUGACGAGUGCAGCAAAUACUUUAACCCAGACUCAGAUCCUCACCAGCAUCAGAAAACUCACACUGAUGAGAAGUCCUUCAAAUGCAAAGAAUGUGGGAAAGCCUUCAGAUACAACUCAAAACUGUCACGGCAUAUGAAAAUCCACACUGGGGAGAAACCAUAUGCAUGUGAGCAAUGUGGACAUGCCUUCAGUCAAAAUUCCCACCUUCUUCAGCAUCAGAAACUCCACGGUGGAGAGAAGCCCUAUGAAUGUGGGGACUGUGGGAAGACAUUCAGCUACAACUCAAAAUUGAUCCGGCAUCAGAGAAUCCACACUGGGGAUAAGCCUUUUAAGUGUAAGGAAUGUGGGAAAGCCUUCAGAGGUAGCUAUGACUGCAUCAUCCAUGAGCGAGUCCACACGGGGGAGAAGCCCUAUGAAUGUAAAGAGUGUGGGAAAGGUUUCAGUUCUAAUUCAGUUCUGAUCCAGCACCAGAGAAUCCACACUGGGGAGAAGCCUUAUGAAUGUACAGAGUGUGGCAAGGCCUUCCGCCGCAGGUCAGUGUACCUGCAGCACCAGAGGUUCCACACGGGGGAGAAACUGUACAAAUGCAAUGAAUGUUGGAAAACUUUUACUUGCAGCUCUCGCUUCAUAGUGCAUCAGAGAAUCCACACUGGGGAGAGACCUUACAAGUGCCAGGAGUGUUCAAAGGCCUUCAAUCAGAAGGUCACUCUGGUUCAGCAUCAGCGAGUCCACACUGGGGAGAAGCCUUAUGAGUGUAAGGAAUGUGGGAAGGCCUUCAAAUGGAGUGCAAGUUUUCUUCAGCAUCGAAAGUUGCAUACCAGGAAGAAACCUGAAGAUCCAGGGCCUUCCACGGUAGAGCCCCAGGGUCCUUCAGGCCUCUCCCCUUCUUCUCCCCAGCGGGCCUGCUCUGCCUCAUCCCAGCCAGGGCCAUCCUCUGCACCUCUUUCGCCACUCCCCUCAUCUGAAAUGGCCAGCUCUUCACCUGCCCAAGUAGCACACUCCUUUCAGGAUCUUGCUUCUCCUAAAAAGUCAUCCUCUCAUAGCCUGAAUCCCUUGUCUCACUCCCCGUGAAUUUCUCAUGUUCUCCAUUCCGGUUGCACUUUGAGUUAUCAGGGUUUCUACUGGAUCGCUGGCCAUGCCUUUAUCUAUACUCUUGUGAUCUUAUGGAAGACAUUAUUGUUUUCCCAACUCUAUUUUAAGUAGUCACACUUAAGGACUGUGUUUGAUUACUCUCUUUUAGCCUCUGGGUAGGAAAUGGCAGUAUUUGUCCUUGAAAUUUAUAGUGUCCAGUUUUGGCCUCUUUCAUCACUCUGGCCCUGGGAUUACUGGAGUUGAAAGAGUUUUCAGAACAUUUUGGGCUUCAAGGAAUGUGUGAGUUGGGCCAACGUACUUAGAAAUAUAGGGGGAACUGUAAAGCCCACCGGAGGAAGUAGUCAGAGAAAGUAUCCAGUGAUUGCCGUCAGGAUUUAGGGAGGGACAUUUGGUGGGCCAGUGGCAAAGAUCACUGGGGAGAGAAUCUGAGCCUUGGAAGUUUUUAAUUACCUUGGUAGUGACGAUUAGAAGGAUCCUGUGUAACUAUGCAAUAGACCAAAAAAUAAUCAGGGAAAGAACUUGAAGGGAUGAGAGUAAUAAUGUAAAAUUAAGUCUUUAAACUUGAUUAGGAGGGAAUUUGAUUUUUCUGUUUGAGUUCCUUUCCUAUUCCUGUCCAUAUCUUUGUUUAAUUUCAGUGCCCACUCAAAUAUGUAGGCACAGAAAGUAACUUGGGUUUAUGUAAUAUAGGGGAGGUACCUGAGCGAAGUGAUCUCCUGGAGUGGAUGGAGUAAGGCAAGGAAAGAAACCCAGCCAGGGCUGUUACAGUUCUGGCCUCUAGAGGGAGCCCCGUUCCUGAUCAGUUACUAUACAGUCACCUACUUCAGAUUCCCCUAUUAAAUCAGUUUGUGAUUGGUGGUACUUUUAAAUGAAUUUUCUAAUGAACUACUGUGGAAACACUGAGGAGUGUUUUAAGUAUGCUGAUCUUUGCAAAUGUUAUGAUCUCACUGGUUUGGCUAUAUUUUCCAUCUAGUGACCAGAGGCUCUGACCCUUCUUAGAAUCACUGCUUCAGGACAAUUGUAGCCCAUGGAAAGGUACUUUUAAAAAAUUAAGCGGGAAUACAGUAUUAAGAAGGUGAUGUGUAUACUAUUGUAUUGAUACCACAAAAAUUAUAUCUCUAAGGUAGGGUAAAGAGAGAUGUUGGUUGGGUUUUGGCUUUGGUCAAGUUUAUUGAGAUGCAUUUUUAUACAGUAAAAGCCACCCUAUUACUGUGUAUAAUUUGGUGAGUUUUGACACAUGAAUAUGGUUUUGUAACUAAGAUAUAGAAAAUAUCUAUCAUCCCAAAAAGUUCCCUUGGCUCAGGGAGAAUUUUGUUUAUUCAUUAUUUAUUUAUCUAUUUAUUAACUUUUAACUUUAUUUUUUUUUCAGUGCUGGUGAUCAAAUCAGGGAGAAGUUUAAAUGGUUGGUAAGAUGUUGGGGACUUUUAUUUAUUUUCAUUUCUUCACAAGAUUUGUGCAAUACUUAGAAUUUAGGAGGAGAAAAGCAAAAACCAAAUUCAUUUUCCAAGCUGUGGGCGGAGCUUCUGGAAUAUGAAAGAGCUUGGAAUCACUGCCAAGAAAAGCAGUCAAAAUGUAGGAAUAUGGGUUGGGGCUGUAGCUCAGUGGUAGAGCAUGUGUGAGGCACUGAGUCCAAUCCUCAGCACCACAUAAACAAUAAAAAAAAAAUAAAGGUAUUGUGUCCAUCUAUAACUAAAUUUUUUUUAAAUGUAGGAAUAUAACAAAAAGUAAGAAUACAACUGGUUUCUUUGACAUAUUUUGGACAUAAGACGCUUAUACAAAAUUUUUGACCUAAUCACCAAAGCAUUAUUAAACAGCAAGGGCCGUAGGGCUUCUAGGAGGGUUAUAGCAGGCAAGGAAGUUCAGGGCAAGAGGCUUCUCAACUGGCCAGUCUUCAAGUAGGAGAGACUUCUAAGUAUGGUCUGGAGGACAGCAGAUUAUAACAUUCGAAGAAAGUGAGGACUGAAGGGAAAAUAGAUGUUCUUUGACUUACAAUAAGAUUGCCUCCAAUAAGCCCUUUAAGUUGAAAAUAUUGUGAUUCAAAAAUGCAUUGAACAUACCUAAUCUGCUGACCCUUAAUAGUACAGCCUAGUUGAACUUGAAUGUGCUCCAGAACACUUACAUUAGCCAACAGUUGGUCAAAAUCAUCUAAUACAAAGCCCACUUUUGAAUAUAUCAUAUGAGUUCUUGAAUAUAGUACCCUGUGGAGUAUUGGUUGUUGGCCCUUGUGAUGGAGUGGAGCUUCGGCUUGCUGCCAGGGUCCAGCAUUGAGAGAGAGUAUCAGACUGCAUAUUGCCAGCCUGGGAAAAGAUCAAAACUUCAAGUAUGGUUUCUGCUGAGUGUUUAUCACCUUCCUAUCAUCCUAAACUCAGAAAAUUAUAGGUUGUCUAUAAAUGGAUCUUUUCCAGUCCUUUGGCCAAGAGAUUUAUGGAUUUCUGACUAGCAAAUUUUAUUUUUCAGUUAUUUGUUCCUUCAUUCAACAGAAACUUAGAAUUGUCCCCCACUCCUCGAAUUGUUACACAAAUGUUAUUGUAAACUUCCAUAGCACUUACACUACUACUGAAGAUAGAUGAAUGAUAUGUCAUUCUUUAUAGUACAGGGAUGAUUGUUGCCAGGUUAUCUGGCACCUAAUACAUACUCAGGUGGUUUUUGACAAGGACCAUGAGUAACUCUUGUUACUAUAAUCGAAGGUUCUGCUGCUUGCUGCUCAGAAGUUGGUGAAAGAAAACAGGUUUAUUCAAAGGUGGCCCUAAAGAAAAUAGAGACUUUUUCUGCCUCAACUCUUUAUCUUUGGGGGGACUCAGGGAUGUAAAACUCUUUUAUGAGAAAAAGGGAUACAGUGGGACCAAAGACAGGAAAUACAUGCAUGAGGGCGUGUACACACACACACACACACACACACACACACACACACAGACUUAAGACUAGGUUGUCCUAGACAGAGAAAUAUAUUACAAUUCCAGUUUCCUUGGUACUUGGCCUGACUGAUGGGUAGCUUCUCAGUUUCCAUUCUCAGCAUGAGGAAACUAAGGUUAAAACAGCUUUUACCAGGAAUGGAGGGACAAAAAUCAGUUUGGGGUUUUUUAAUGUCAAUGGGGCUCUGUUACACGCCUAGUGGGGACAACCAUCUAAAAAUGAACUUGUGCAUCACUUAAUUUCCAACAAUGGUGUUCCCUUAAGAAGUUUCUAUGUUCUCUGAAAGUGAAAUGUUAUAUUUAAACAUACUAACUCCCCUCCCCCUGUGAAAUUGUGAUACAAUAAGAAAUAUAUCUAUAUACAUAUCUAGUUAUCUGUGUGUGUAUGUGUGUGUGUGUGUGUAUAUGAGUCUUGAGUUCCUGGCACAGUACUUCUAAACCCCUUGUAAUUUCCAGUGUGAUAAGUGUCUUGUAUUUGGUCUUUGUCCUGAUACUAGGGCAUCCAAGACCCUUGGAAUCUCCAGAGUAAUAAGUGUCCUUUUUGUAUGCUAAUGGAAUGACUGGUGAUUGAGGGCCCCUAAAUAGCUUAAGGAUAGGGGCUGGUUAUCAGAUCAAUGUGUGAAAAUCUGAUAAUUUCAGCCUCAGUCCCAACCUAUAGGAAGGGGAGAAGGGCUGGAGAUUAAGUUAAUCACUAGUAGCUAAUGAUUCAAUCAGUUGUGCCUACAUAAUGAAGCUCCCAUAAAAUCCCUAAACAAGGGAGUUGGGAGAGUUUUCAGGUUGGUAGAUACAUUGAGGUGCUGGGAAGGGAGUGCACCCGGAGAGAGCAUGACAGUUCUGUGCCCCUUCUCCCAUGCCUUGCCCUGUGUGUCUCUUAUAUUUGACUAUUCCUGAG